CAUGGUGACAUUCCUCUGCUGCUCGUUCUCCUGCCUGAAACACAGAGUGGUGUCGUCCCCCAGCCCGUCCCCUUCGUCUUUUCCGGGGAGUGGUGAAGUGGAGCUGGAGGCAUGCACCAGGGGAAGGGGAGAGAUGAGUAUCUGAGCCGCUGUAGGAGAGGACACAGCUGGGGGAAGGGAGUGGAGAUGACCAGGGGUUCCUGCUGAUAGCCUCCUGUGGGACGCUGUGUAAGACUUUAACUCCAUCAGAUGGGACUCGCGUGUGUGACAUGUUCCCCCGUCCUCUUACCGUGAUAGUUGUGCGUGGUAUUAUUGAUCUUACGAGUGCAGAGGAGAUGGAGCACAGAGAACCGUCCAACUGAGAGUCGAAUUGGUCCUCGAAAGAGCGUCUGUGGUGGUUGAAGAGAGGAAUGAAAUCCCACUGACUGGAGCUGUGGAUACAUCUUUGAAUUAUCUGAAGCCAACCCCCUGCACCCGCUGGCCACCAUGAACGCCUCAGUCCUGCCGCUCACAAACAACACCCCACUCUGCUACACCAAGAACAGCCCUCCAUUCAACUACACCAUGCCCAUCGCCUCAGCCUACUACUCAUCCAUCUUCAUGAUGCUGGGUAUCACCUCUAAUCUCAUCGCCUUCAUAGUUCUCGUAAGGUCCUUCCAGCGGACGCAGAGCCGCUCGCGCUCCUUCUUCCUGAUCUUCCUCGGUGGAUUGGUGUUCACUGACUUAAUGGGUCUCCUGGUCACAGGCACCAUUGUGGUCUCAUUCCAUGUUACUCACUUUAAUUGGCGUAAUUUAGACCCAAACUGCCAUUUCUGCAACUUCAUGGGUAUGUCCAUGGUGUUCUACGGACUGUGCCCACUGCUGCUUGGUGCCACCAUGGCAGUGGAGCGUUUCAUUGGCAUCAAUCGGCCAUUUACACGCGCCUCCAGCGCGACCAAGAGCCGGACAAUCUCCAUUUUGUUGCUGGUUUGGUUUAUCGCUGGCUGCAUUGCGUUGCUGCCCCUAACGGGCGUUGGGGCCUACCACUUGCAGAUGCCGGGCUCCUGGUGUUUUUUAAAUAUCAGCUCUAAGGGAAAUGACCUGGUCUUCUCCCUGAUCUUCUCAUUGACUGGGUUGAUAUGCAUCGCUGUGUCAUUUUUGCUGAACACGAUAAGCGUGGUGACUCUGAUCAAGGUGUGCUGCGGACAGGACAGGUGCCAGCGGCGCCGAGAUCACGAAGUGGAGAUGAUGGUUCAGCUCAUCCUGAUCAUGGUGAUCGGUUCUAGCUGCUGGUGCCCCCUCCUGAUCUUUAUUGCAAAAACUGUGCUGUCCGGAGGUCCACUCCAGGUCAGAUACCUACUGCUGUGGCUGCGCUUCGCCACCGGAAACCAGAUCCUGGAUCCCUGGGUUUACAUCCUGUUUCGCAGGGCGGUUCUCAAGAGAAUCUACCCCCGUCUUGACUGGUCCCGGGGCUCCAUCAUGACCUUGUACCCGUCUCUCAGAGACACCGUGCGCAGGUUUACACGUUCUUCAAUCGCUAGCACCGUGGCAUCGAAUGAAACGGAAGAGGUGGGAAAAUUAAACGGGACUCCGCCAUCUACCUUAAAGCCGCCGCCUCCUUCUCCGUGAUUGUUUGGAUUUUGAAUUGUUGUUUCAGCAGAAUGUGAGAAAUCAUGUUAAAGAUAAUGCCCAUUAUCUGAAAGGAUUGUGUUAUCUCAUACCAAUUGAAAUUUCUUUCAGUAUUAAUAGCGACACUUUAAUUCACAGCAAAGUAUAAUGAUCAAGCCUGUAAGGAACAAUUGAAGCUAAAUACAAGCAUCACACUUUUCAGAUACACUGUUGUCAAGUGUUUUUAUGCUAUUUGAGUUUAAAACAUUUUAUUGAUGCAGUCUGUGGUCUUUGUUUUUAUGUGAUCAUUGUGCGAUGUUAUUCCUUUCGAACACAUUUACAUGAAGAUGCCAAUGAAGAAUUAUUCACAGUUUUCAGGCUCAUGCUCAAUGUUGUCGUGUUCUUCCUUUCCUGAAAGUAUAUAAAUGAACAUUUUUGGGGGAAACCCUCAAAUCUUCAGCCUUAUGGUGGAGCAGGUGAAUCCGGAGACCAUCAGAAUGAAAACAGACUUCUGAUAAUCUCAUAGUGGUGCUUGAAACUGAAACAUUUGUCAUCCAGUGUUAGCCUGGUGCCUCGUGCACAAUUUUCAUUUUACUUUCAACUGUAACAACUAUAUCUGUGUUUUAUAUACUGUAGAAAUACUGUAAAACCAUGUGUAAUAGGAUUUAACGUGCUUCCACAUUAUUAAGAUGCCAACUUUUGAACAUUAAAAACCUGGGCAUGAUCAGUUCCUAAUAUUUCCGAACUUUACGUGUACACAAAACUCCCAUACUGUUUGUCUGUCUUACACCACAUAGACGUAUACAAGUCUGCCAGAAGAAGAAAAAUGAGACCAUUAAAAUACAGUCUUAUAAUGUCAAUAAAUGAAAAUGCAUGAGUAUUUCAAAUAAAAUAUUUACUGUGAAAUGUGAUCGUAGUUAUACUCUGGUUUUAAUACUGUGACUGAUCAUUGUAUAUCACUGUGUGAUGGUGAUAGAAGUGUGUCCACUGCUUACUGCUUAGAGUUUGGUUUUCCUACAGUUUUAUGUUUGUGAGUUUUAAGUGAAUGGAAAUGAAUUUGUGCUGCUCAAACAAAUGAAAAGUGCUAUUUGAACAAAUGUGAUAUAAACUACAUUGAGUAAGUGAGCGAACUGUACUCGUCUGCCGAACGUGAGUAAUACGGAAUGUUAAAAUGUAUUCAAAUCCAAAAUUGAGGAAGAAAGUAUAUUUCCCUCAUCUUGUUCUUGUAAUCCUUGGUUUUAGCACAUUUCCAAAGACAAUAAUUUCUUAAACCCAGAGUUGGUCUAGAAUUAGGAAAAUUCUAAUCAAUAAUCGUCUAGGGAACAAUAUUGGAGCGAGACUCAACUUUGCUUGCAAUCAAAGACAAAGACAGAUGCCUGAUAUGAACAUUGUCUUUUUAAAACCAGAAACAUUCUUUGCUUUAGUCUGCUUGGCCUCGGUCCUAUUGUUAUUCUUCCCUACAAAUCUCCUCUGCAGCUCAGACUCACAAUGUUCACCUUGUGGCAGAAUUCAAGUGUUAAAUAUCUCAAACCUAAGUCUGAUGAUUUGGGGAAUAUCAUGACAAACAAUGUAUUUGUUAUCCUACUUGAUCGUUCUGUAAGAAAGCUGUGCACACUGAUCCCGCAUGUGAUCUGUUUUGAACAUUGUAUUGUCACUGACACCUGAACCAAUCACUGAUGGUGGCUGAGACGUGUCAUGGUUUCUUUAUCGGUAUCAUCCAAUAAGAAAUGAAGUAUAACUGGUGAAUGAGCUCAACACAAAUGGAAUGUGGCUGUUUUUACAUAGAAGUAAACUUAAAUUUAAAAACUC